CACUAAUCUCAUGGACUUGUCGUCAUGGAAUCUUGCUAAUCGAACAAAUGAGUCUAAUAAGAAACGAAAUGGUUUGAGCUGAGCCAGCUGAGCCACAGACCCUUCGUCUCCAACGCUCAGAACAAGUGUUGUUCCGUGAGAUGGGCAGACUCAAAGGGGAAAAGGCAAUUUAAUCUCAAUGCAGAGUGUCACGUGAUUGACGCGUUUCGCGUGUGGAGCGUUUUUGUCUACGAGACGCGAACACUAAGGCGUGUCCAAAGCCAACCACGCAAAGGCGUUCAUAUCAAUAUUUUUCUUUAUUCAUUUCUCAUUCUGUAUCCGCGCUAUCGCCUGGAUCAAUUGGAAAGGAAUUUCACUACAUUAUCACGCAACCGCUACAGCUCUAUUUCUUUUUUCUCUUCCACCCUUGUCGCCCUAGCCUGCAGGCGUUCCGCCGGUCGUUCCCAAGGACCCGGUGUUCCUCUUCUCUUUGCAUAACUAGUCGGCCAGGAUGAUGACAGAAGCCACCCCACGAAUCAAUGCCUCUUAUCUAGAGAGCUUUCAAGGCCAAACCGUACGUCUGAUCGGCAAGGUCACCCAGCUGCGUGGUGAACAAGCCACCAUUGACGCCAACGGCUCUGUCACCGCCACACUGAAUCGGGAUUGUCAUCUCGUGCUCAACAAUGCCGUCGAGAUUGUGGGUAAAGUUAACCCAGAUCUGACCGUCCGCGUUCUGGCUGCAACCGACUUUGGCUCUAAUAUCAAUUUCGCUGCCGUCGAUGCCGUCGUAAACGCCACACAUCGCCAUAAAGAGAUUUUCUACGAGAGCAGCGAAUGAAAUCAUCAGGGUUGUCGCAUCCGCUACACCAAACCAGAGAACAUAAUUCCACAUCAACAUGUUAAGCAUUUCUGUCAUCAUCUAAUAUUCACUUUCGUUUUAGCCAUUUUGAGUCAAUCUAGGCUCGAUAUCUCCUCGCGGUCCAGGAGCAUUCAUGACAAUAUGAGUGUUGGCUUUGAUGGCAUUUGCACAGAAUAUACCCGCAUACAAUGAAUUGAAUGUAUUCAACCAAUCAAAGGCGUUUAAUUUGCACAAUACCAUCCUAACAACUUCC